UAAUAAUAUGGAGAGGAUAGUGUGUUGCAUUUUCACACGCAAUGGUUAAUAAUUGUAUCUCAUUGCAGCUCCAUCAGCUGCCCCACUUGCAGUCCAGGCAUUUUCAAACAGCUCCUAUAGCAUCACCAUCUUAUGGUCCCCGCCCCCCGAAAUUGACAGAAAUGGUGUGAUAAUCUACUACGAGAUUCAACUAACAGAGACAGAGAAUGGAACUGAAUUUGAAUGGACAUCUCCUGAACUCACUACAACACGUGGUUCACUUCAUCCCCACUUUCACUAUGAGUUUAGAGUUGCGGCCCAUACUUCCGUUGGAACAGGGCCUUUCUCUGCUGUUGAAAUCGUUCAAACAUUGCCAGCAGCUCCUACAGCAGCACCUACACAACUGAGAGUUUCAACCUUUGAUUCGUCCACCAUUUCACUAGUCUGGGAGCCUCCGCCAUUUACUGAUCGAAACGGAGACAUUGUCCGCUAUCAUAUCAGAGUUACUGAGCAAGAAACGCAGACUAUAUUUGAGUACAGCAGUACGAGUCAACGCUACACUCUGACUUCUUUGCAUCCAUAUUACAACUAUAUCAUACCAUGCCGCAGAAACAGCUUGAGUGGUGGGUCCAUUACUUCGGGUGCUUCAACAAACUAUGGAGUCAGUCCUAGCAGUGCCCCAGGGAAACUUUUCCAUGGCCGUUGUUAAUUCAACCUCCAUUUUACUGUCUUGGAGUGAGCUACCACCGCCGGAGAGAAAAGGUUGUUGUCAGGGCUACACCAUUGGUCUCACAAAUGUUA